UAACAAGUGUCUCCUCCACAUCCAGUAGACCCAGAAACAAGCAAUUCCGAUCAUUAUUCCUCUGGGAUAUGAAUUUCCUUUUUGGUCGAUCAGUCAGUCACAUGAAAGUGCCCUAAAUGUGCCACGAUUUCACCUACUGCAGGCACAUCACCUCCUUUCUCACGCCACAUGUCAUUACGUCAUAAGUUGUAAAAGACACCCCAUCACCUAAAAGAACUAAUAUCAGUGAACAACCAAUUUUUUCCAGCUUCUAUAAAUAUGCCCUCUUCAUAGAUAUUCUUCAACAAAUUAAAGAUCUCCUUUCACAACUUGUUCCUAGCUUUUAAGUUGAAAGAAAUAGUCUCUCUGUGUUACAAAGCAAUUCUUGAAUUCACAAUGGCGAUGGAAUGGUGUCCUCAAGCUGCCUUGCAAGCUUAUCUCCACACUCUUCACCUGUGUAAAGAUCAAAACAAUCAAGAUAACAGCAGCACUUUUGGAAGCUCAAGUUGCAUCAUAGAGCCAAAAUGCAUGGAGUUUGUAUCCGCUUUGGCAGCUGGGAAGAAAGCAAGGUUAAUGGUACAGAUCACAUCCGAAGGCGUAACGCCGCUGACUGUUUCACUGGCUGUGGCUGCAAAGCAGACCGGAGGCCGCCUCAUCGUCUGCAUUACUCAGCCUCUUAGUCAUCAUCACGAGUAUGUGGAGAAAAUGAGCAGAACCCUAUUUCUGGAAAAUGGUCUUGAUGGUGUUGUUGAAUUUGUUUAUGGUAUUGAUCCUUGUCUGGUGGUGAAGCAGUUCAAGAAUAUUGAUUUUGCGGUCAUCGACUGCAAGAUUGAAGAGCACUUAAAGGUGUUGAAGAUUAUGAAUCUUAAUCCAAAUGGUAGCAUGGUGGUACUGAAUAAUCUUCAUCAGUCUGAAAGGGGUGGUGGAGGUGCGUUUCCUGAUCAGGUUUUUAAGCAAAAGAAAGGGUUUGAAUAUGUGACACUACCUAUUGGAGAAGGGAUGGAGUUGACAAGAUUCAGAUUAAAUGGCAAGUACCAGAGCAAGAGAUGCAAGAGGUUUCAUGUAACAUAUGAAGAUUGAAUCCAACCUUAAUUUGUAUGUAAUUUCAGGUUUCAUUGUAAAAAAAAAAACCAAGAGUAGUCUAUCUUUGUUCAUUAAUUUAAUACAAUGAAUCAAUGUAUGACCCUA